GAUAAAGAUAAAAUUCUUAUUUGAAUGUUCAUGUACAAGUAUACAUUCAUGAUAUUCAGAUUUACCUUUCUUAUCUUCAAACCCCUUGUGAUAUUGAAUCCCUCCCUGUGAAGUAAAGUAUAAAAGAUAGGACUCCUCAUUGAUCCUCAUACAAUCUACACUGAAGUUCUGAAAACAAAGAUUUGACAAAAGGAUUCAUCAUGGCCGUCAUGAGAGCUCUUGUGCUUCUUUUCUUGGUCUUUUCUGUUAAGAAUGCAGCAGCUCAAGAGAAAUGCCCAAAUGGAUGGACACAUUUUGAUGUGCAUUGCUACAAAUUCUUCCCUCAGUCAGUGGACUGGGUCACAGCUGAGAAAAACUGUCAAUCUGUUGGUGCAAAUCUUGCAUCUGUGCGCAGUACAGUGGAACAAAACUUUCUGCUGAGUCUGCUUGUGUCUGCUGACACACGUGUUUGGGUUGGUGGUCAUGAUGGUGAAACUGAUGGACAAUGGCUGUGGACUGAUGGAUCUCCAUUUGUCUUUACCAACUGGUGCUCUGGAGAACCUAACAAUAAAGGUCGUGCAGAGAACUGCCUGGAGAUAAACUAUACCACUAGCCGUUGCUGGAAUGAUGCACCCUGUUCAUACACAAAGAGCUACAUUUGUGCCAAACCUCUGGGAUCAUGAAACAUCUGUUGCAAAAGUACUAUGAUUGUACUACAUGCCUAUAAAUUUUUUCUCAUCUUAUCCUUAAAACUCAGUAUCUUACUAAAGCUUUAUGAAAACUUCUCAAAUCACUAAAAGCAUUUAUAAAGCAAAUUGUGUGCAUCGUGAUAAAAAUCAUCAUCAAAUAAAAUACAAUAUAAAACAAAACAACAAUAGAGUUCCAUUUAAAAUAACAAAAAGGGCUUUUUACAAUUGAAAUGGUUAACCACAGGUUUUUCUAAACCCCAGGUUAAUGGAAUCCUUUGUUAUUUGUUUCACGUUUCACACUCUUCAUACUUAACCAGUGGGUUAAGAGAUAACCCUGAGUAUUUAUAAUCUGAUG